GGGCGUACCGGCUUUGCUUGGCGCGUCUUGGCUGGUUGGCUUCGCUUGUUACUGCCUCUGACUUUGGAAACCGCAAAAUUUCCUGGUUGGAGGUGGUGGCUGACCAGAGUGGCUUCGUCUUAUUGGGCCCAUGAGGCUGUGAUAGGCGGACUGGUGCUGAUGUGUCUCUGAUAGCCUCCGCCAUGAAGAGGAGCUCUGGCCUCGGGGGCCUGAAGGGCCGGGGGCCCUCCGGCUCCUUCACCUGCUGGUGGUGUUGCAGGGGGAACGAUGUCGCUGAGCGCGAUGACAGCCCCUUCACCCAGUGCGGGUACAAUAUCCGAGAGAAACACCUCGGCAAGCUCCACAGAGCUGCCAGCCGGGGUGAAGUCUCCAAGGUGGAGCGCAUCCUUUCGCGCGGGAACGCUAACUUGGAUGAGAGAGACAAGAAGAAAAGGACUGCUCUGCAUUUGGCCUGUGCCAAUGGCCAUCCAGAAGUGGUAGCUCUUCUGGUAGACAGAGGAUGUCAACUUGAUGUCUUUGACAACAACAACAGGACAGCUCUGCUAAAGGCGGUACAAUGCCAGGAAGAGGAAUGUGCGACUAUUUUACUAGAACACGGCGCCGACCCAGACCUUCCAGAUGUCUAUGGCAAUACUACCUUACACUAUGCCACCUACAGUGAGGAUAUCCCAAUGACAAAAAAACUGCUUUUACACCAUGCCAAUAUUGAAACAGCAAACAAGGAUGAACUCACACCAUUUUUGCUAGCUGUACAUGAAGAAAAACAGCAAAUGAUAGAAUUUUUAAGAAAGCAAAAAGAAAAUUUAACUGCAGUUAAGUUUGAAAGCAUUCAGCAAGUAAUGUCUGAAUACAAAGAAAAUGAGACACCUAGAAAUCCUCAAAAUAGCAAUCCAGAAGGAACAUCUAACAAGAUGGUGUGCUUGGGAGAAGGAGCAGCAGGUGCAAAAGUGGAUGAGAUUCCUGGAAAUCCUGUAAAAAGGCUUUUCAACAAACCAUCUACUGACGACUCACGACCUAUGUCAGCUAAUGAAGACUUUGAUUUUGAUACUGAGGAGAAAGCAACAGAGCCAGCAAAUGGAAAAAGACAAAAUGGUAUGGGUAUUAUUGAGAGUGCUCCACAAGAGCACACAAAUAAUGAAAAUUUAAUUUUGAUUCAAAAAUGUUCGAGGUGGUAAGUUAGUGAAUAUCUCUGAAAAACAGUGUAUAUUAAGUAUUUUCAAUAGAAAAACCACUGAACCAAACAUAAUAUUCAUUUCUUUUCCACAAUUUUUUUGUCUUUCUUUAUACUACCAACUUUUUCCUAAAACUACUUCAAUUCCUCAAUUCCCUGAAAUUCUUUUUCUUUUUCUUUUUGCUAUUACUUUGUUUCACUGAAAUAUUUAUGGGUGAAGACAAACUUGUAUAGGUAUAUAAAAUUCACAGUGAUAAAUUUUCUCAUGAAUGUAUCUGUGUAUAACAUUUUAUAGAUAUGCCAUUCACAGUAAAAUCAAGACAAAAGGAAGAUAUACAAUCACAUUUGGACAGCAAG